AUGGAAGGAUUUACGGGACGUGUUAUGUUUACUUGGCAUCCAAAUCAUCCAAAUAGGAAACUACGCAGCCAUAUAGGGGAUGCAAUAUACUUAGUUGCUUUUCCGGAAAUAUCUUGUGCUCUUGUACCAGUAAGUGAGAAGGGAUGUACUGUUGUUUCGGCAGACCAGCCAGUCGAGUUCCCAACUGACGAGAAAAAGAAGGUUCGUGCAUUUUUCAAAAAGAGGUGCAUGUGCCAUAAAAAUACCCGUCUUCUUGGUCAUGAUGGCUUUUGACU